AUGGAAUAUUGGGGAUCAUCAACAUGGUUUCUCCAGGGAUCAAUGCAAUCCUGUCAAAGAUCACUUACAGGACUUACUUGGAACCUUGGGCACCUUGGCGAAUACAGUGGAGAUGAUGGUCCAGGUAUCAGUCUGAUUCAAACCGUCAAGGUGUUGGCGAAUACUGCGAUCAGCUUGAUUGAUAGCGUCCCUUUGGCAAAUAGUGUUGCCAAGCUCCCUUCUUCCAGCAUUGGAUGUCCGGCAACCGAGUCUGUAUCCAAUAUUCAGGAAACAUAUGAUACCUUGAACUAUCCUACCACGCUACUUGAGAGCGUUCCUUUCAUUGGAAGCAGCACGAGGCUAAUUCAAUACUUGCUUGAUACAAUCGAGAAGGUUAAUGAUUGUAUGAAUGUCGGCUCAAGCACGGCCGACAUUGAUCCUAACAAUCUCGCUAUUUCAGGGUUUCAGGGUUUCCGCUAUGAAGGUAUGGAAUAG